UAUGACAAACAAUGCCGUCGGCGGCGCAACACCGAUGAUGACGGCAGAACAUGUGGCAAAGAAAGCGAUUGAAAACAACCCCGUCGUUGUCUUCUCCAAGUCUUACUGCCCAUUUUGCGCUAAGGCAAAGGAUGCACUGGAUUCGCUGAAUGCCAAGUACGAAGUGCUUGAGCUGGACCUCCGCGAUGAUGGCAACGCCAUCCAGGACGCCCUGAAUACUCUGACGGGAGGAAGAUCUGUUCCUCGCGUCUUUGUCAAGGGGAAGUUUAUUGGAGGGGGCGACGACAUGGUGUCGAAGAAAGCAUCAGGCGAGCUUGAGACGAUCUUGCAGGAGGCUGGAGCCUUGUAGUGAUGGGCUAUGUAGUGUAACAUAUGAUGAUGGGUUAUGUGCUGCCGCGUAGUACUGUGCCGCGGCAUCCCUCAGCCUUGAACUUACUCGGAACCGCUGUCGGAAGAACUCAGUUGUCCGGAGUCCUGUUCAGUGAACUUCGGAACCGGGAGUGAUCCGAUCGGUCACCGGGUGAUCUCAAAGUUCAGAGAUCCUGGCACAUGCUACCGUCACUGUCUAUUAAUGAAUAUCAACCGUGAACAU